AUGACUCCAUAUGACUUCAUUCAGGCUGUCACAAAUGAUGAACCCAAACAUGCUAAAAAGUGGCGAUCCCUUUCAAAGCAGGAACUGAAUCAGAUCCUUAUGGACACGCCACCAGUUUGGAAAGGAUCAUCCAAACUUUUCCGUAAUCUUAAUGAGAAAGGUGUGAUAUCUUACACAGAAUAUUUAUUCCUCUUAUGUAUUUUAACAAAGCCACAUGCAGGUUUUAGGAUCGCUUUCAACAUGUUUGAUACUGAUGGCAAUGAGAUGGUGGACAAAAAGGAAUUCUUAGUGCUACAAGAGAUUUUCAGGAAAAAGAAUGAGAAGAGAGAAAGAAAAGGAGAUGAAGAAAAACGUGCAAUGCUGCAUCUUCAACUUUAUGGAUAUCAUACUUCUACUAACAGUGUUCUUAAAACAGAGGGAGAGGACCUUGUCCCCAGAAGCUAUUGGGAUACUUUGAGACGUAGCACAAGCCAAGCACUCUUUUCGGACCUCGCGGAGCGUGCUGAUGAUAUUUCAAGUUCACUAUCAGAUACUACACUGCUUGUACACUUCUUCGGCAAGAAAGGAAAAGCUGAACUGAACUUUGAAGAUUUUUAUAGAUUUAUGGAUAACCUGCAAACUGAGGUUCUAGAGAUAGAAUUCCUUUCCUACUCUAAUGGGAUGAACACCAUCAGUGAGGAAGACUUUGCCCAUAUUCUUCUGAGGUAUACAAAUGUGGAAAAUACAUCAAGUUACCUGGAAAAUAUGCGCUGCAGGAUUCCUGAAGAAAAGGGUAUCACAUUUGAUGAGUUCAGAUCAUUUUUCCAAUUCUUGAACAACCUAGAAGACUUUACAAUUGCAAUGCAAAUGUAUAAUUUUGCAAGUCGUUCCAUAGGUCAAGAUGAAUUCAAACGUGCUGUGUAUGUAGCCACAGGUGUGAAGCUUUCGCCACAUUUGGUGAACACAGUGUUCAAGAUUUUUGAUGUGGACAGAGAUGACCAGUUGAGUUAUAAAGAAUUUAUCGGCAUUAUGAAAGACAGACUCAAUCGAGGGUUUAGGGAGACUCCAAAGUAUGGUUGGAAGGAAUAUUACUCUUGCGUGAUGACUGUAACCAGUGAACAUCUCAGAGAUCUAUGGAAGCAAUUUCGGAGACGAGAUAUGCUGAGAUAA